AUGUUAAUGUCUGUCGUUGGCGUAUUACCUGAAAUCCGGGAAUCGGGAAAACCUUCUUCGGCUGUUACCUGCUUCAUCAUCUUGCACAACAAUUUAAAAUGGUUGUAUAUCACAAAUACAACAUGCCUCCGAUUCUCUUUAGAGGAAAGCGUUUUCAGUAGUUCCAUAGACAAUAUUCAUGAAUUCAGAGAUUAUCUGAACAAUGAUGGCAGGGAGCCAACGGAAUACGUUGCCAAGACAAUUCUAAUCUGUUCGCCUCAAAAGCGUUACUAUAGUACGUUUGAUAAGCUUGGGACAACUAUUCGAUACAUGCCAGUGUGGUCUUGGGAAGAGAUUGGUACAUGCAGGAAUGUUCUUUUCCGUGAUCUUACUCAAAAGAAGAUAUUAAAUUUCGUUGACGAAACCACAGAGGACAAUAGCGCCAGUCACAAAAUUGUUCAUAUCCGUACGAAUGUGCCACAAGUAGAUGAUACUGGGGAAUCUUCCUCUCCUGCAGUAACCAAGCAAAGCAAAGAUAAUGAAGGGAUACCCUUCUAUACAUUGUCAAAUUUAGAGUUUGCAUCCGAUCAUGUUUAUGAAAAGUUAUUAAAUGGAGGGCCAUUCAAGGUUCGUCCUUUAUUUGGAAAGACUACCUCUUGCUUCGGGAUAACUAAUCGUAAUCUCAAACUAAUAAUACCUCUUCGGAACAAAUUGUUCAGCAAACCUGAUGAGGUUAUACAAACCCGAUAUUGUAUACCAAUUCAAAAAAAUAACGCAUCUUUCGAUGCAUUUGUUUCUCCUGACACAUUCUUCCAAAUGACUACUCUGAGAGUCAUCCUAUCAUCAAGAGUGGCUUGGAAAAAUAUAUUGAUAAGGACGGUAAUUUAG